UUGGGCCUGGGCAGUAACGGUGGCAGUCCGUUUGGUGGUCAGUACGGCCAGGGGGGGCCAGGACAGGGGGUGAACCCCCAGCAGCUUCAGAACAAGGCAGCAGCCCUCACCGCUGUCACCAGCGUGCCAAACCUGGUGAGUCCUCCUGUCCACACCUAGUCUGCCACCCUAUUCCCUAUAAAGUGCACUGCUUCUUUUGUUAAAGAGUGUUUCCCGUUGUCUCUGUAUGUUAUGUGCAAAUGCCAAGGCUUUGCAUCGAUCCUGGAACCUUCUGAUGUCAAUGUAGUUAGGUACAAUUAAUUUGAUGACUUAGACAAGGUUCUUAAGCAUAUUCCUCUUUUCUCCCCCCUUCCCCCUCUUUCCUCCAUCCUCCACCCCUCUCCCUCCCCAGUCCCAGCAGCAGCCUGGGCAGCAGGUGCCAUCGGUGGGCAUGGUCCCCGUGCCUGGCAGUGUCUCCGUCUCUGGCCCCACGGCCGACCCGGAGAAGCGCAAACUGAUCCAGCAGCAGCUGGUGCUUCUGCUCCACGCCCACAAGUGCCAGCGGCGCGAGCAGGCCAAUGGGGAGGUGCGGGCCUGCGCCCUGCCACACUGCCGCACCAUGAAGAACGUCCUCAACCACAUGACCCACUGCCAGGCCGGCAAGUCCUGCCAGGGUGAGUACUAG